AUGGAGAAAUUGUUCUUCUGCGCAUAUAUUUUAUUUUGCAAAAAAAAUGUCAGGCUGAAACCAAAUCUCCUUGUUCUUAUUCUGGUCCUUUUCAACCUUGUCCCCAAGAAAAAUCAGGCAUUUCAUAUGUACAUGAGAGUUGGCAGUGAUCGAAGGCGAUAUAACUUGCCACAUCAUGACGAAGUAGCUGCAGUUUUUGUUGGCCAAGAUGGAGCUCCUCCUGGAAACAGGGAUAUUGUUACCUACCCACGUGGAGGCAAUUUGCGAAAUAUUUCUACGUUAUCUGCAAAUUUAGAGCCGAUGGUUUAUCCUCUAUUUUUUCCAAGGGGUGAACCAGGUUGGUAUUAUGGGAUACCCCAUGUUGCCGAACGUGCAACCCGUACUCGAAAUACUACUACAAUGUUGCAGUAUUAUACUUACCGUGUAGCUGUUCGGGAAAAUUUUAGCCCGAUUCAUUAUGGUAAGAAAUUAUUUCAACAGUAUUGUGUGGAUUCUUAUGUUAAAGUUGAGGGUAACAACUUAAAUUACAUUCGUGCGAAUCAAACAAACCUGCGUGUUGACAGUUAUGAAGGUUUAGCUGACCACUUGAAUGCACGAGCUGAAGAGCGAGACCUUCAACCAGGACGUAUUGUUGUCCUUCCUUCAAGUUUUCAAGGAAGUCCACGUGCCAUGGCUCAAAACUAUCAAGAUGCUAUGGCUGUCAUUGGUAAAUUUGGAAAACCAGAUUUUUUUCUGACUUUUACAUGCAAUCCAAAAUGGCGUGAGAUUACAGAAAAUUUGUUUGCAGGCCAACGUGCACAUGAUAGGCCUGAUUUAGUUUCUCGAGUUUUUAAAUUGAAACUAAAUGAACUCCUAAAAGAUGUUACUGAAAGGGGUGUUUUAGGUAAAACUGUAUCACAUGUUUAUGUUAUAGAAUUUCAAAAGAGGGGUUUACCUCAUUGUCAUUUGUUACUUCAUUUAGAUCCCAAUGAUAAACUUCGGGAUGCAGAUGACAUAGACAGUGUUAUUUCAGCCGAAAUUCCUAAUCAACAAGAACAACCUGAGCUGUUUGAAAUUAUUCGGUCGUGUAUGAUUCAUGGACCAUGUGGCUAUCUGAAUCCUAAUUCUAGGUGUAUGGAGGAUGGUGUUUGCACAAAAAAAUUUCCGAAAAAAUUUUUAGGGUCUACCAUUGCAGACGUUGAUGGAUAUCCAUUGUAUAGACGUCGUAAUAAUGGAAUACAUAUCAAUGUCAAUAAUGUUGAUGUAGAUAAUCGAUGGGUUGUUCCCUACAAUCCAUGGCUCUCCAAGAAAUACAAUGCACAUAUAAACUUAGAGGCUUGCAUGUCUGUUAAAUCUGUUAAAUACCUUUAUAAAUAUAUUUAUAAGGGUCAUGAUUGUGCCAACAUUGAGAUCAAUGAACGUAUUGAUCACGAUGAGGUACAGACGUUUUUAGACGCUAGGUAUGUCAGUGCGCCAGAAGCAAUAUGGCGCCUUUUUGAAUUUAAAAUGCAUCAGCAAUCUCAUGUUGUCCAUAGACUGCCAGUGCACUUGCCUAAUAAUCAUAUUGUUUAUUUUCAGCCAGACCAGGUUGAAGAAGCUGUGAACAGAGCUGCAAAUCAAGCCACUAAAUUAACAGCUUGGUUUGUGCUAAAUGGAGAGAAUCACAAUGCUCGCCAAUAUUUGUAUCCAGACAUUCCUCUUCAUUUCGUUUUCAAUAACGACAGGAAAGUUUGGACACCAAGGCGAAACUUUAACCUUAAAAUUGUCUCUAGAAUGUAUAGUGUGAGUCCUCGCGCAGGUGAGCUUUUUUAUUUACGUAUGCUAUUAUUACAUACGUGUGGUGCAACAUCUUAUGAAGAUUUAAGAACUGUGAAUUUAAUUAAUUCUAGGUGUAUGGAGGAUGGUGUUUACCAUCACUUUUCAUCAGGACUUCCUCAUUAA